CCUUUUAUAAAAAGAGACCCUUCUCGACCCUCACAACUUAACCUUCCACUUCUACACCUUACCCAUCCUCCUACAAGACGAUUUCGAAAAAGUUGAUCAAGACUCUCAGUUGUCUCACUACGACCCACUCCUCACGAACCAUCAAGACAAGUCAUAACAUCAAGUCCACCACAAUGGCCGGCGGCGACGAUCUCAGCAAGAAGGAAGUCAACAUUCUUCCCCACGACACCCAGAAGGACGAGCAGAAGAACCCCAACAACCCCCUCAACAAGCUCGCUGAUAGUGCCAAGGCCACGUUUGAGCAGGCGUCAAAGGCCAUGCCCGGUCCCGCCAUCUCGCAGAACAUCGGUGGCGAGGAGGGCACCAAGGAGGAGCGCAGGGCCAAGGCUGAGGAGCUCAACAAGUAAAGAUAUGGACUCGGACAAACAAGGGAAUGGAUGGAAUGAUUGUAAUGACUGAAUGAUACACAUACACACACAUAAUUGAACUGUUUUGACAACUACUCUGAUGGAUCAGUCUUGUUGGAGCCUAAAGUGACUUUGGUGGUGUAAUUGCGCCCAAAUGAGAGGGGUCUGGUCCUCUGAAGUUGUCUCAAAGGGAGCCAGUUAGCAUGUGAAGGUACUACAGGUACUUUCAUGUCAUCCCAUGUUCAUACACUACUUUGAUCCUAUAUCAACCUGAGUCAUAUAACCU